AUGUCAAACCCAACAUCCACCCUCCUAACAACACCACCCCCCUUCUUCACAACAACCCUCCAACUCCUCACCUUCCUGCUCAUCCUCUCCAUCGUCGGCAAAAGAACCACCACCCUCGUCCUGGCCUCGGUCUUCACCCUCUGGUUCAAGACCAGGUUCACCCUGUACCAGGACUCUGUCGAAGAGCGGCGGACUACUCGGCGGGAACGAGAGCGCCAGCGCCGGAGACAGGAGGUUCGGGAUAUUUCGACGAGGAUUGUAGAGCAGGUUCUUAGGGAGUCUGGGACCCCCGGUUGGGGGAAUGAAGGGGUGCAGGUUGGGGAGGUGAAGAUGGUUAAUGGGGUCGAUGAGGAGGGUGUGGUUCUUGACUGUGUGGAGGGGGGGUUGGCCGAGGAGGGUUUGGCUGAGGAGGUAGAGAGCGAGAAGGGAUUUGGGGAUCUUGACGGGGGGGUUGUUGUUGGUGUGGAGGCUUUUCAGGUUGGGGGUUCUUUGGGUGAGGAUGAGGUUUCUGUGGGGGUUGGGGAGGUUGAGGAGUUGGAGGGUGAGGGAUAUGGAGAGGUUGUGGAGGAGAAGUGGGUGCAAGAUGGGGAUGAAGUGGAGGUCUGUGAGGAGCCUGUUGGGCAGGAGGCAAUAGAUGAGAAGGUGGAGGUUGAUGUGGUUGAGGAGAAAGCGGAUGAGGGCAUUUCUACACAGUGGAUUGAGGAUAUCACUGAUAAUCAAGAAGAGAAGCAGGUGGUUCAGGACGAGAACCAGAAGAUUGCACAGCUGGAAGAGGUGAAGCAGGAGGAACCCCAGUGGGAAGAAGCGAAGCCAGAUAGCACAACAUGGGAAGAAGAGACGCAGACGAGCGCAACAUGGGCAGACGAGGAGAAGCAAGAGAAGCCCAUUGAGGAAGAGAAGGAAGCCGCCACUGAAGUCAUUUCCAAAGCCAGUGAGAGCCACGAACAGCCCGAGCCUGAGAAGGAAGUCAAGAAGCCUGAGCCAAAGCCAGUCGAGGCAAAGCCCGCCGGGCUAUCUCUAUCCCGCUGGAGCAAUUCCUUGUCCGGCUCGAAAAAGGUCCUCGACCCACGAGCGACCACUUUCCAGCCAACGGAAUUUAAAUCCAGCGCGAAAAGCCAAUACCAAUUCUCCCUUCCCACGACGACUCGUCCUCAGUCAUCCACACCACUCGCGUAUAGCUCCCUCGGCGUGCUGGCAUCCUCGAGCAGCUCUCCCUUGUCUGCUUACUCCCCGCCGAGCAUCUUCAGCUCCAUGGGGAGAAGUACGCAGAGCUCAACCCCGUCCUACGGCGAUUACUCUCACAGCCCUUCAUAUAGCUACAACUACGCGACUACGUCCUCCUAUGGGAACUCACCAUCCUAUGCGACUUCAUCCUAUACAAACUCUUCCAGCUAUGCGAAUACGUCUUCUUACGCAAAUACUCCCCCAUAUGGGAAUACUUCUUCUUAUGGAAAUUCGCCUUACAGUUGUUACACUCCGAGUCCUUACUACAGCAGCUAUAACUAUGCUUCCGCGAGCUGA